GGUGGGGAAACAGCGUGUGGGUUGUGCGCACACCUGCGCGGACGGACGUCCUCCUGCUCACAUAGGUGUGUUUGCUCGACACCGGGGAAGCCGGAGCUCCACCUGAGACGGCUGUGCGGGAGGAACAAUGACACGGCGGGGGAAUGUGGACGGGUGGAGUUUGAAAAGCCGUUUUUAAAGGUGUUUCUAUUAUCCAGGGGCUCGUGGUCCGUGCUAGCGAGGCGCUAGCCGCUUCCGGGAAACAACCUUCACACAGAAAAUCCAGAUGAAGACUGGAAGAUGGCAUUGCUGACUGAAGAUCCUUAUUUCACUUUUUAAGCACGUUCGGCAUUAGAAAAAUACAGGCAUAGCCUUCUGGAAAAUACUGGCUUAAGUUUUUGGAGAAAAGAGGACACUGUUCUUUUUCUGACAGAAACUUUGGACUGAACUCCUGCAAACAAUGGCUACAACGGAAACCAAAGUUGCUAGCAACAGCAGCAGCAGCACUGCAGGUCUGUCAUGGGCACGUGUGUGUAAAGAGUGUGGACAGCAGCACGAGGGUCAGGACACUCACCUCUACGAGUACCAGGAUGAGGUGGAUGAUGAGCUGGUUUGCCACAUCUGCCUACAACCCCUACUCAAACCUAUGGAUACUCCAUGUGGACACACUUAUUGCUUUCAUUGCCUCAGCAACUUUUUGAAAGACCAGGACUUCUGUCCCGUGGACCGACGGCGUUUACAGUUGCAUCAGUGCCGUCCCUCUAGCCUGCUGGUAAGGAACCUGCUGGACAAGUUGACUGUGAUGUGUCCCCACUAUGAAGAGUGCCAGCAGCAGUUGCAGCGAUGUGAACUGCAGCCUCACCUUCACAACAGAUGUCCUGUUUUUAGAAGGCUGAGGGAAGAAGCGGAGAAGAGGAAGAGGCCAUCGUGGAAUGAAUUAAAAGGACGCAAGUGUGAUGGCGAGAUGUCUGGAGAUGCUAAACACUCAGCAACGCUGGGUCGAAAUCACACCCGGGAUCAGCCUGAGCCUGGUCUGAUUAAUCCAGCGUAUGAGGAAAACAACACCCCCCUGAGGUCUAGUUUGGUGGCCGAGGCCAAUGUGGUGCAACUGUCCAGAGAUGAACCAGAGGAGGAGCUGGGCCUUCGCAUUGUGGGAGGGAAAGACACACCGCUUGGAAACAUAGUCAUCCAGGAGAUUAUUCGGGACUCAAUAGCAGCUCAUGAUGGCAGACUGGCCCCAGGGGAUCAUAUCUUGGAGGUGAAUGACAUCAGUUUGGCAUCAGUUCCCCAUGCCCAGGCCAUUGGAGUCCUGCGGCAGUCUUCAGUUGUCAGGCUCACUGUCAUGCAGGAGAAAGGUUUCAAAUUAAGGGAUCAACGGUCUGAUCAUCACCCUUCCGCUUCAGCUGCCUCACAGCCCUCCCACGGUCCCCAUGGCAACACUUCAUCUAAUCACAGCUACAGCCCAGUCCUGCAUGUGACCCUGAUGAAGAGUCACCGCACAGAGCCACUCGGCAUCAAACUCAUUCGCAAGUCUGAUGAGAGUGGAGUUUUUAUUCUGGACUUGCUGUCUGGUGGCUUGGCAGCCAAAGAUGGAAAACUGCGGAACAAUGAUAAAGUGUUGGCUAUCAAUGGCCAAGACCUGCGGCAUGGUACACCUGAGAGUGCUGCACAGAUCAUACAGUCCAGUGAGGUGCGUGUGAACUUUGUGGUAAUGAGACCUGCGGAAACCCUGGAGGAAGGAGGAAGCAGCAGAGCAGCCAGGAAAGCACCUGAGCCACAGUAUUUCAGGCGUCAGUCCACCUACAUGAAGGACCCCCCUGGUGGGUUUUCCUGUCAAGAAAAGACUGUGAGUCUGAAGAAGGAGCCUCGGCUUUCUCUGGGUAUCACCAUUGCUGGGGGGAGGGAUUGUCGCAGCCGGCUGCCCGUUUACAUCACCAGUGUGCAGCCUGUUGGCUGUUUGCACCGAGAUGGCACCAUCAAAGCAGGUGAUGUUCUGCUGAGCAUCAAUGGUGUGGAUUUGACCCAGCUGACCUACAGUGAGGCCGUUUCCGUGCUGAAGGCUCAGACGGCUCAGUCCCAGGUCGUACUGCGUGUCAUCCAGACGCUCUCUGAAAACUUGGAGGAAGACACCGAAGCUGGCAACAAGGACGAAGAGGAGCGCAUGGACGACCCGGCGAAUGACUGCCUUAACUGGACACCACUGUGGACUCACUGGUUGGGUUUACCAAGCCACCUGCACUGGUGCCGGGACAUUGUCCUACAGAAGACCAACAACGAGAGCUGGGGCUUCAGUAUCGUGGGCGGCUACGAGGAGAGUCAUGGACAACAGCCCUUCUUCAUUAAAACCAUCGUGCCUGGAACACCUGCGCACUUUGACGGACGUCUCAAGUGCGGUGAUGAGAUUGUGGCAGUGAAUGGAGCCACAACUGUGGGAAUGAACAACUCAUCUCUCAUCCCAAUGCUCAAGCUUCAGAAGAAUAAAGUUACACUGACUGUGGUGUCCUGGCCAGGCAGUCUAGUGUAGCAGUACGUACUUACCCAUUCCUUAUCUUAGUUGUCGCAUGAACACACACACAGUUGCCCUCUCCGGUCAGGACGAUGGCCUUUCCAAGUGAAACUCAUGUUGUCACACUUUGCUUACUUUUUUGAUUUGUUUGAGCAGAGCGUGUUCGUUAGAACCCUCUCAUGAACAGUGUUUUUACAUUUAUGAUCAGUCACGGUCAGGUGUACUCACAGAGCACUUGGUGGUAAUAUCAGGUUGCAUAAAUGAUGACAAUCAACAAAUUAUAUUUAAAAUUCAAACUGGAAGGAUUGUUAUUUUUCUUCUUGAUUCUGUUUGAAGCGAUUAUGUAUAUUUACCAUAUCAAUAUCAUAGCAGUUAGUAAACAUUUGAUUCAAGUGAUUUCCUUGUAAUAGUGCACAAAGAUAAUAUAUACUAUACAUUACAGUUCAACUGAGGUAUUAUUGAUGACCACAUGAAAUGUUUGUUGACUAUAAAACUAAACCACUUAAUUAGUCACGUUUAAACCAAUUUGAAAGGACUGCACUUUUAAAACAUUACAUAAAGGGAUGACACCUUAACGACAAUUCAAGUAAGCUUAAUUUAGUUUAAAAAUAAAUCAAUCAAAGACUACAGUAGAUUUCAACAAUAAAACAUUUACAGGGAGGUGUUGUACAGAAAGGGAGGUUCACUGCAAAAGGUCAAAACUUGGAUGACUAGUUGUGGCCAUGACGUAAAUGACCUGACCAGACCUGAAUAAAGCUGCAUUUGCAGGAGUUUAUCGCACACAUUCAGAAACAGAAGAUAAACGUGGACUUUCUGUCGCUAAAAUGUGAACUAAUCCCAAGAAACUAAAUGAAAACUGCUGAUAAUUCCAGAGUGAGAUGUUUGGCACACUGAGAUUUUCUUUUCUAAUGUUUUUAAUUUUGUUUUUACUCAGAUAUAUGUCCCCAUAUCAGUGCUCUAUAUAUAUUUUCUAAAUGUUACAAUGGUUCAUUUUGAGUGACUUUUAAUAAUUGUGCCGAGUAGAUAUCGAAGGACAGACCAGAAUGUAUAAAUUGCCUUAAAUUGUCUCUGUACCAAAAAAUGAGUUUUUGUCAUAGUGUAAAUAGUGUUUAUAGGAAUUUCACAGAGAAUGGCAAUGUUCUGAAAAUGUAUCAACACAUUCCUUGUGGCCUUGCUUGUAUCCUUUUUGAUGCAAAACUUACUGAGAAAGUCAGUGGCUGUGAAAUAUGCAGCAGUUUAUGUUUGAAUUAACCCAUCGUCUGUUUUCAUUAUGGUCAAUAAAAUCACUUCAAAUCA